ACUCAUGACAGCUUUCUGGUUAUCCAACCAUUGUGUCACCUUACACCUGUGAUUACAUUACCAUCAAUAAUUAAUUACUUUACACCUUGAGCUGGCAUGAAGCUUAUCACCAACACCUUCACAGAGCCUAAGUUCUAUACUAGAAAGAUCAUCGUCGUGUUCUUUAUGUAAUAAUUGGGCAUAUUUAAGUAGGCUAUAUGUUCACUCACUUUUAACUAUGUUUUAUUUGUACCUGGAAUUUGUUUGCAUGUAGUGCGAUAGUUUAAGUUUAUCCUUUGACGUGCUGGAAUACGUAGGCUAAUUGUUCAGGAGCUGUCUAUGGUGCUGAAUAUAUCGCACUCGUUAUAUCCACUCGACGUGUAGGAAUUAGAGGCAAAUCAGUUGCUCAUAUGAAUGGAAUAACUGUCUUAGGUUCAACCCUGGGAAGGAAAAUCUGAAGGGGAAAAAUAGCAAAUUGAUCACCUCGAAUGACUUUUAUACUCUACAACUUCUACUAAUACACUUUAUUUUGAAAUUGAGGUCUUUUUCGUUUUAUUAGAGUAACCUGAUACCAUUUCACGAUGGAGAAGAUGUUGCCUGCCCAAGAGGCUGCCAAAAUCUACCACACCAACUACGUGAGAAAUGCCAGGGCAAUAGGCGUGCUGUGGGCAGUGUUCACUGUGUGCUUCGCCAUUAUCACUGUCGUGGUGUUCAUCCAGCCGUACUGGAUCGGGGAUAGCGUGACUACCCCUCAAGCAGGGUACUUCGGGCUCUUUCACUACUGCAUCGGAAACCCGCUGACCUCAGAGCUGAUCUGCAAAGGGAGCGUCCUGGACUUCGCCUCCAUCCCGUCCCCUGCCUUUAGGACAGCUUUGUUCUUCGUGGGGACUUCAAUGCUACUGAUUGUUGGGAGCAUAGUGUGCCUCAGCUUGUUCUGGUUCUUCAGCACUGGUAGUGUCUACAAAAUCUGUGCUUGGAUGCAACUGGCUUCAGCGGCCUUGAUGACGAUGGGCUGCUUGAUUUACCCUGAUGGCUGGGACGCCCCGGAGGUGAAGCGCAUGUGCGGGGAGCGCACAGACAAGUAUACGCUGGGUAACUGUACUGUGCGCUGGGCUUACAUCCUCGCCAUCAUCAGCAUCCUGGACGCACUCAUCCUCUCGCUCCUGGCUUUCACGCUCGGCAAUCGGCAGGACCAGUUGCUCCCGGACGACUUCGUGGUGGAAAUCCCAGGAGAUGCACCUGCAGAGAAAGCCUGAAAUCGGCCUCAUAAUAGGAGCUUCAACAUGGUGAACUACGGAUCUGGAAACCCCAGCAAGGCACAAUUCCAACUUCAUAGAUGUCCUUAAGAAAAAGGUCCCUUUCCAGCACAGCAAUCAAUACACUUUCUAUAUCUGUUGGAUCAUUCAGAACUUUUAUCUCAGAAACCAGUCUCUUACAGUUUUUCUCAAUUGUUUACACACAAAAACUAGUACUUGAGACACAAUGACCACAACUCAUGCACCAACCCCCUGAACCAAUUCUGCUAAACUACAAGCACAAUUCCUGCUCAAAUUGCAGUUCUAAAAAACACUUUUUUCACAACAUUACACACACAAUUCUCUGCAUUUGGCACAAUUUUCAUGAAGAAAAUCUUUUUUUUCACAAGGAACACACCGUCAUUCAAAUUCUAAAGUUAAUUGUCUUACUAUGCACAGCAGGGGCGCCUGCAGGAAUUAAUGCUAUGGUACGCACACCCAUCACU